CCGACUUAAAAACCUGUUGCUAUUUCCUUUCCCUCUUAUUUACACUCAGUUCUUAGAUGAAAACAUUUAUGGAACGAGAAGCGUAUACGGCCCUGCCACGUUUUACGCAGGAUGCAUGGAUGACAUACAGACGAGCCAUUAUAAAUAUGACUUUGCGCUAAGCAUUGUCCAAGAACACAGGGUCUGGCAAGUUCUCUAAAACCCAAGGACUGUUUAUUGUGUUACGUUAUAUAAAUACAUAUCACGCACGAUUAAGACCGUAAACUUUCAGCCUUGUUUUUGCACACUAAACCACGCCUCCGUAAGAAAAUGAAGAGUAACAUAUACGUUAUCCACUUUGUCUGAAGUGUACAAAAACAUGGUUUAGUCUGGAUUAAAAAUAAUUGGAAUGGUUGGCAACCCCCAUCCAGUUAUAUUACAUGACUCCCAGCUUCGCCAAAGAAAGCGCUCACGUGGGCGACUGAUGCGUACUGGACUCUCUGAUUGGCCAACGUGACUGGCGUACGGACUACACAGUAUUAUGAUUCGCCAUUUUUAAGGGGCGGGCAAUGACUAUCGCGUGGUGACUCGAAUGGUUUGUGUCGCUCGAUUUAGAAAAAUACAUGUUCUUCCGCCGCAGAAAGAAUUGAAAAUAGUCCUUAGCUCCCGCCUCCUUCUUGGGGUCUUCUUUGGGCGCAGGAGGGGCCGAGAAGCUAGUCGAAGCAUUGGAACUAGUUACAGUUGCUGUUUCUCAGACAAGAAGACAGACCGCUGCACCCCCCUCCUCCUCCCAAAUAACCCCCCCAGUCAGGAGGGGGGCACAGGAAGGACCCCAGAAAUCAUCAAACAGCCCCCUGCUCUGCUUUCAGCUUGAGGAUAGUAUAGCUGCGCCCAGACCUGCUUCUCCUGGGGGACUUAUCCACUUCCUAUCUCCAUGCAAUCCUUCUGGAUGUUGACUUUGUGAAAAGGGGUCUGCCUUUUAAUUGUGGAGGAGAAUGAAUCAACAGCAGAGGAUGACAGCUGUGGGCACAGACAAGGAGUUAAGUGACCUCCUUGACUUCAGCAUGAUGUUCCCUCUACCUGUAGCUAAUGGAAAGACCAGGCCUACUACCCUUGCUAGCACACAGUUUGGAGGAUCAGGUUUGGAAGAGAGAACAGGCUCUGGACCAUGGGGUACAGAAGAUCACAAUGGAUCUAACUUUGACCAAGGAAGGGGUUAUGGAGAUGGAUCACAUUAUGGGGAGCACAGGGAACUGCCAUCACAUGAAGGGAACUUAUCUGCUCCUUUCCUUGCAUCUGGUCUUGUAGGAAAAAAUGAAAGACCUCCAUAUUCUACUUUUGGAAGAGACUCUGGGAUGGCAAUGAAUCAGACUGGAUUUCUUCCUGGAGACUUGGCAAUGAACAGUCCUUCUGCUCUGUCACCAAAUGCAGGAAAAGCAGGCUCACAAUAUUAUACUUACCCCAACAAUUCAAGGCGGCGACCAGGAGACAGUAACCUUGGUAAGAAAACAGAUGCCCAGCCAAAAAAAGUGCGAAAGGUACCACCAGGACUACCUUCUUCUGUUUACCCAGCAAACUCAGGUGAUGAAUACUGUGGUGACCGAGGAAGUUACGCCAACCCCAAGGCACCUAAUUCAGUGUAUCCUGGUGCAUUCUACAUGACAGAUGGACUUCACAGUUCCUCUGAUAUCUGGGCUUCUUCAGGAGGGAUUGGACAAGGAGGAUACAGUUCAGUCCUGAAUAGCUCUCAGUCCUCCGUUUCCCAGACCACAGGAUUCAGCAGCCUGCAUCCCCAUGAACGAAUGGGUUUUCCAAUGCAUUCUGGGGAGGUGAACCCUUCUGUGACUUCCAGUUUCUCCACUACCCCUGCACAGUAUGGGGUUUCCAGCCAUACACCCCCAAUCAGUAGUGGGGACACUAUGAUAGGAAACAGAGGGACAGCCACUGGGAGCUCAGGAGAUGCACUUGGAAAAGCACUAGCCUCAAUCUAUUCUCCAGAUCAUUCCAGUACCAACUUUUCCUCCACCCCAUCCACACCUGUGGGUUCACCACAAGGAAUAACAGGUUCAGGGCAGUGGCCAAGAGCAAGCGGUCCUGGAGCUUUGUCUCCUAGUUAUGAUGGAACACUUCACACGUUACAGAACAAGAUGGAAGAUCGCUUGGACGAAGCCAUCCAUGUUUUGAGAAGUCAUGCUGUGGGGCAGACAGGCUCCCUUCCAGGAGGCCAUGAGGACAUUCACUCUCUUCUCAGUGCUACUGCUAGUGUUCUUGGAAGCGGCUUCCCUGCUGCUGUACUCUCUCUUGCCAAUCGACAUUCUAUGUUAAACUCUCACACAGAAGAAGCCCUGCCUAGUGCUUCCAACAUGCUACACAGUCAGGUCACUGUUCCUGCACAGCCAGGUUCACUGCCUGAUCUAACCAGGCCACAGGAUUCCUACUCAGGGCUUCCUGGGCUUGGAAGGGCAGUACCUCCAGGCAGAGCCCCAGAGAUAAAAAGGGAGAGUAAAGAGGAUGAGGAGAAUAGAUCUGUGGGAGAUCUGUCAGAUGAUGAGAAGAAAGAGUCUAAGACACAGAGAAGUCGGACACGAUGCUCAAUAAACAGUCAAGAUGAAGAUGAAGAGGACGAUAACCUUCCUCCAGAGCAAAAAGCAGAACGUGAAAAGGAGAGACGGGUAGCCAACAAUGCUCGAGAACGACUUCGUGUCAGAGACAUCAAUGAAGCUUUUAAAGAGCUGGGGAGGAUGUGUCAACUGCACCUCAACAGUGAGAAACCGCAGACUAAGCUGCUGAUACUGCACCAGGCAGUUUCUGUCAUCCUCAGCCUGGAGCAGCAAGUGCGAGAGCGCAACUUGAAUCCUAAAGCUGCCUGUCUCAAGAGGCGUGAGGAAGAGAAAGUUUCAGGUGUUGACCCUCAAAUGGGCCUGUCUGGAGGACACCCUGGAGUUGGGGACUCUCACAACCCAGUGGGACACAUGUGAGUUUCCACUGGAGCACUGGAACAUUUUUCUCUACGAUCCUUUGUUGCUGUUAUUGUUUUUUUUAUAUUAUUACAAAUUUACUUUUGAAUUUUUUUUUUCUUUGUGUUAUGGAAAACCUCCACGACACGGAAGUCUUUGUGGCCUUGACUUUAUUUUCCUGGAAAUUUCCAAUGGGGGAUGGACAAAAAAAAACAUUGACUCAAACUGACAACUUGUCUUUUCUGGACUCUUACAAAGCAAAGGAAGACAAUGUGAGAAAUUGCCUUAACUGAAAACAAAAUCAAAUCGGUUUAUUUAAAGGAGGCUGCGGGGGGGAAGAAGGCUUGCCCAGAUACUCCCUGCUACUAGUGAGUUGUGGGGAAGCAAGGAUAUUUUUCUGUCCUUGUACUUACACAUCUACAACAAACUGACUUUUUUUUAAUGAAAUGAAAAAUGGAAAACUGCGAAAAAAAUAAAAAGUUAGGCAUCAUAGAAAAAUGUUUUUAAACUUAGAACAAAAUAGAAAUUAUUUUUUUCAGGAUUUUUCUUUCUUAUGGUAACAUUUUUAUAUAAAAAUAAAUGCUGAACAAAAAUUUUAAAAACAGAAAAGGAACCCCACCCUAUACACUUAAUUGUAACCCUGCCCCUUAUUUCCAACUUGCACACCCUAGUUCUACUUAUUUUACUCCCUACACUACCUUUGCUGCGUAUCCCCUUCCUUGUGCACAUGUUGCACUCUUUUAUUGGUAAAAAGGAAGCAAGACUAGUCCCACUUUGCACACAAGCGGGAUGCAAAGAAUGUCAAUUGCUUUUCCCAUGUCCUGUUUAGCAAAAAAGGGAUUUUGGGGGGCUACUCCAAUCAUGAACUCUUUGUAAGAGAUGAGUGCUUCCCUAAUUACAUCCAGUGUUGGGGGGAAGUUAAGACUUUUUUUUUUUUUUUUUUUUUUUUUUUUUUAAAUGAACAGAAUUAUGCUCUCUGCUUUAUAUUCCACAAAAAUAUUGUCUUCAACUUAGAUAGGGUUAUGCAAGUCUGCAGAACAUUGUUUCUGAUGGAUGCAAGGGGGUGUUGAACAAAGUACCCAUCAGAUCUAUUUGAUGAAAUGUAUUUUCUAAGAAUAUUACAAACUCUUAUUGUCCCAUGUGUCACAUUUAGACUCCCUUUGACUGACCCUUACACUAUUAUGACUUUUCCUUUUUAAAACCCUUACUGCAAUUUUUGUUUUGUUUUUUUUUUACAAAAAUGUCUUGCUGUAUUUUUUUAAUUCUAUAUAUAAAAAAUAUUUACUGAAAGACCUGUUUAACUCUCUGAAUACAUCAUACAGCUGUAGCUCAUGGCACAUCAGCUGACACCCGAUUGAAGACCUACCUGGACUGUCUUUAGUUCUCUCUCCCACAGCUUUUUAUAAGGGCUGUGCAUCAGUGUAGAAAUAUGUAGCAUUAAAUGUUAGGGU